GAGCGGCGCGGCGGUGGCGCUCAGUACCGGACCGGCAGCCGCCGAGAGAGGAUCGGGGAGCCACGCCAGCUGAUCGCGCGUGCGCCGCCGUUACACCGUUACCGCCCGCCGCAGAAGGUCGCCAAGAUUCGGACCAAGCGUGAGCCGGCGCAUGUGAUGCUGGGCUGUGCGGUAACCGACAGCCUGAUCGGCAGAAUGGAGACAGCUGAUAUGGACCCGGCAGUGAUUAGCAGUAUCAGUGGACCAGCUUGGGGCGCAGCCGCCCAUUACCGUCAGCUUAUCCAGCAACAGCAACAACAGCAGCAGCAGCAGCAGCAGUCAGCCGAAGAAGAGGGAGCGACCUCCGACGCCGGAUCCGGAGCAUCUCGCGGCCCGUCACCCCGACCUGAGUCCGAGGCUGAUGUCGAGGUGGGCGACAACCGCUCGCCGGCGCCCACGCAGAGCGUCCUGGACAAGCUGAAGCAGCAGGUGGAGGACGUGACGAACGGCCGACAUCGCCAGUCGAGUGGAGAGGAGGCGGCCGACUACCGGCUCCAGGAUGGCAUGAUGUCUCGCGCGUCGGCCGAUCCGUCGUCGCUGCCGCGUCACCGUCUGUCGCCUCAGUCGCUGCUGGCCGCCUCCAUGGCCAGCAACCCGCCGUCGCUGGUGCCGCUGCCCGGCCUCGGCGGUCUGGCUGGCUACGGCGCCGCUGCCGGCCGGGCCAGCAGCGCGUCGCCGCCGGCCCGCGAGGCGGCCAGCCCGCCGACCAGCUCGUCGGGCCACUCGCCUCGCCAGCCGGCCGGAAACCACGCCUCCUGGAACUUCGAGGAGCAAUUCAAGCAGCUUUACGAAAUCGACGAAAAUCCGAAGCGGAAGGAGUUUCUGGACGACUUGUUCCGGUUCAUGCAGGAGAGAGGGACCCCGAUCAACCGCCUACCGAUCAUGGCUAAGCAAGUCCUCGAUAUGUAUGAACUAUACAACCUCGUAGUGGCACAAGGAGGGCUCGUUCAAGUCAUCAACAAGAAACUAUGGCAGGAGAUCAUCAAAGGCCUCAAGCUGCCCUCCUCCAUCACAUCAGCUGCUUUCACUCUCCGCACACAGUACAUGAAGUACCUGUACCCGUAUGAGUGUCACAAGCAGGGCCUGAGCAGCCCCUCGGAGCUUCAGACGGCCAUCGACGGCAACAAACGCGAGGGUCGCCGCAGCACAUACAGCAACAGUCCCUACGCCGAGCUGAUGCAGCGGUCGCCCAUGGUCGGCGGUCCGAUGGCUCCGUCGUUCGGUCUCGGUAACGGGAUGCCGAUGCCGACAUCGCUGCACCAGCAGGGUCUGUCUCCGCUGUCACUGGUCACCAGCCGGCCGGCCGCCCCCGGAUCCAACGGGCCCGCCGGACACCCCAUGCCGCCCAGCUCUCCGUUCCUCCCAGGGAUGGUGCCGCCCGGUCUGCCGACUCCUAACGACACGCUGAUGACUCUGUGGAACCUGUACAACAGCCGACAGGCGGCCGCCGCCGCCUCCCCGCCACCCGCCCGCCGCCACGAGCCGCCGCCGGCCGCCCCCGCCCCCGCCCCCGCCCCGGCCGUCCAGAGCGAGGCGCUCAACCUGGGCGUGCAUAGAGAUCUGACCAGGUCAGAGAAGGAGCGUGACCAGCGCCGAGGUCACGAGAACGGCGGCGGGCGCGAGCGUAAGAGGCCCACUAAGAGGGAGCGACAGGAACUGGCGGCUGCCCAGCGGCUGAAGAAGGCCCGGGAGGAGUCUGAGGACAUCAAGGCCGACUCGCUUCCCCACACUAAAACCACCAUCACACAAAACGGUGACAGCAGCAUGGUUCUGAGCAUGGAGAUGAACGGGGUAGUCUACCAAGGAGUUCUGUUCGCGCAGCCAAAGACGGCUCGGGUCUGAACGGGUGGAUACAGUGCUGCCACCUCGAGCUUGAUGAACCAACUACUAGUUGACUGACCGCGUGUAGCGCUCGCGUCGCAGUGAGGGUUUGGCCGUCGCGACAGGGACGAGACGAUAUAACUCGGAUCUCACCGGACAAUCUAUGGACGGUUUGUUUGUGUGGGUGUGAGGGUGAGUGUUAACCCGAUGUGUUAGCGCGAUGUGUUUGCCGUUGUUAUUAACCAGAGACGGUCGGUGCGUCGGAGCACCCGGCCGACAGUCAGUGGUAUGAUCCGUCUGUUGGGGAGCCGAUUGCGCUCCUGUUCGCUGUUAUUCGGCGUUUGGGCAUCAUUCAGUGUGCAAUGAACGCUCGAGCGUGGGCGCUCGUACGCUGGCCGUGCUGUUGACGGUCUGUUACUUUCCUAACUAUCACAGCUCAGGGAGUGUUACAUUACCAGAUUCGGGAGCGGCACUAAGGUCGACAAGUGAGCCGAAGUCGCCAAAUGUAUGUGGGUGUCUUGUUAGGCGGAAAAAUCGUGGUGUACACCCACGUACCAGAGCAGCGCACUGGAAACUAGACACCUUGGAGUUAGUUUCUUUGCGAGCUUGUACAAAGUUUUACCUCAUGUAGUCCUGAGUCGCUCUCAGUGAGGUUAUAUUAGCGGGUUUAAGCAGCAUUUAAGGCCAAGUUUGAAGUGUGUACCUUCUCUGCUGCUAGGCGUAUCCUCCUUCGUUGCGAUAUAUUUCAUUCUUAGACCGUAUGUGUCAGAAUUUGCGCUAGUUAGAACAGAUGUCGCUUUGAAAAAUUGUCACCCGUGCCCGAAGGAGCGCUAAUUCUGUCUGAAUAAAUGCACGUUGCGACUUUGAA